AUGCCCAAGCCAAUUGGCCAAGUUUUAUCCUUUAGUGACAAAGGAGUAUGCUUUGAUACAUUCAAUGAAAAGUCAGAAACAAUUCCAUGCGUGUGCUGCAAGCUUGGAAAAGAAUGGGUGGCUUACACAACUUCCAGCGAGUUAAUUAUUCAGAGCACAAUUACUGAAGAAAAAUAUGCGCACUCUAUUCCAGAUAUUAAAAGUAUAGAGUGUUUAGUAGACUGUACAGCAUGUGUAAUAACAAAGAGCGACAAGAUGUAUUUUAUACAGAAAGACAAAGUUAUGCACACGGCAGAAAGAGUAAAAUCCGCCAUGCAUGGGAAAGAGUUUCUUGUCUAUUCACAGGAAGUAGAAGAAGCACCAGAGAAAAAAGAGCCACUGCCCAAAACAGGAGAGGCCGUUGCAAGUGAUAAAAAGGCAGACGUGCAGACAAGUGCGGUUGAUACUUUAUAUGUGCCACAUCCCGCGGCAGAGCCUCCAAAGAUCCCAGAAUCUGCAGAGGCAGCACCAAGUGAGCAAAGCACCGGUAAAGGUGAACCAGCCAACCAAGUUGUACCGCCUACUUCGUCUGAUGCUUCAAGUGUACCGCCAGCAGAAAAAGAGGCACAAAAAAAGACAAAAGCAUCAAAAGCAGCGGCAGGUAAGAAGAAAGAGCCAGUGACUUUCAGAAUACAGAAGAAAGAGGGAAUGCGAACAGCUAUUGUAAACAAAGCAAAACCUAGAUUCCUAAAGGUCUACUCUAUUAUAGAGAAGAAAGAAAUAGAAAACAUAUCAAUCCCAGCACCACUGACAUUCUCUAUGACAGGAAAGUUUUUGGUCACUGUGCGUGUGUAUAAAUCAUCCCCAGGUGAAAUUGAGCUAAUUCGAUUGCAAAAUGGAGAGAGAGUAAAAAAGCAGCCGGUUAUAGAUAUGAUAUCUGCAGUGCUUAUUCCAGAUCUUAAACAUAGAGAGGAGAGAAUGCUUUGCCUUUGUUCUCUAGGAAGUUCUAAUGGCACAUACUAUGACGCAAAGGUGCUUUACUAUAUAGACACAAAGCAGGAGAGCCUGAAGUUGAUUUCUAGUAUAUGCAAUCCAAUUACAGACACAGCUUUCUUAAAAAAGAAUGAAUUUGCUGUAUGCUACGACAACAGUCCUAGCAAAAUAGGCAUAUUUAAUUCCAAAGGAGAAAAAAUAAAAAACCUAAAGGAAGGCGUUAGAAACAAAAUGUUCUUUAACCGACAGGAGAACAUUGUGUGCUUGGCCGGAAUGAACAACCUUCCAGGAAAUAUGGAGUUGGCUGAGUACCCAUCAGAAGCUGUUUUAUCUAUAAAUGAAGAGUUGGGGUGCUCUGUGAUUGACUGGUCACCAGAAGGACGGUAUUAUCUAGUGGGGAUAACCAACAAAAUGUCAAUAGAUAAUAAAGUAAUUCUUUACGAUUACUAUUCUCAGAAAAGUUCUGAGGUGCUGUUUAAAGAACUAAAGAGCUGUAUCUUCGCAGGAAAAGACCUUCCAUUCAGCUCGCUUGAAAAUCUUCCUGAUAAGAUUAGAAUAAAGAAAUCAGAAGAGUACAUCCCACCCUGUCUAAGGAAAGUAGGCCAAAAAGAAACAGCUGAGUGGGUAGCACCUCAUAUAAUAAAGGACACAGCCAAAGCAAAGGAAAAUCGUAUAGCUGCAAUUAAAAAGGAGCUAGAAGAGAUUGAAAGGAUAGAAGAACAAAUGGCAAUGGGUCAAGUAGUUCCCGGCGGCAUUAUGAAAAUCCAAAAGAAGGAUGCCCUCUUAAAAAAACUUAACCGAAAAAAGAAGAGUUCUUCCUAAGCUCUACGGCCUGU